UCCCCCAAGCUUCGUCACCGUUUGGUCUCAGUGUAAAAUCCUUGGACUGGAAAAUUAGGGUUUUGGGACUCUCCUUGGGUGGGUGUGAUUGAUUCCAUAGAAGCAGAGAUGGGGAAGAAGAAAGGAAGCAAAGCAGCUUCGCCUUCCUCAGAUGAUUUCUUACAAACCCUCGAAGACUUCACAAGCAAAGAGAAUUGGGAUAAGUUCUUCACUCUCAGAGGCAACGACGACUCUUUCGAGUGGUAUGCUGAGUGGCCUCAGCUCCGUGACUCGCUUUUACCUCUCCUCCAAGACUCAUCUUCUUCUUCUUCGGCUUCGUCUUCUGGCUCGCUUCAGAUUCUGGUUCCUGGAUGCGGGAACUCCCGCCUUUCUGAGCAUUUGUACGAUGCUGGGUUCCGUGACAUCACCAAUGUCGACUUUUCCAAGGUUGUUAUCUCCGAUAUGCUUCGUCGGAACAUUAGGACUCGUCCCGAACUCCGUUGGCGAGUUAUGGACAUAACAAAGAUGCAGUUGGCAGAUGAAUCUUUUGAUACGGUGCUGGAUAAAGGUGCUCUUGAUGCUUUGAUGGAGCCAGAAGUUGGAACGAAGCUGGGAAGUCAAUACUUAUCAGAGGCCAAGCGGGUUUUGAAACCUGGGGGGAAGUUUAUCUGUCUAACGCUUGCGGAGUCUCAUGUCUUAGCAUUGCUCUUUUCAAAACUUCGUUUUGGUUGGAAGAUGACUGUUCAUUCAAUCUCUCAAAAACGCUCGAAUCUUAAGACGUUUAUGGUGGUGGCUGAAAAGGAAAAUUCCGUUUUACUGCACGAUAUAACCUCUUCUUUCGAUCUUUUAUCUAUUGGUCGCAACGAUAACCAGGUAAUUCUUAUUUGAACAUGAAUUUCAUCC